AUGACCGGAAGCUCGCGCAUGCCGGUGAGCUUGAGGGAAAGCUUCAACCAGGUAAAGAGGCGGCGGCCGACGAGUUUGUCCGCCGUUGUGAACCUUGACUUGUUGCGCAACAUUAUCUUCCUCCUCUUUGUGCUACGAUGGACGCGACGUGCUUUCUGGCAGCUCCGAGGCCGGGGAAUCAUCGGCUCCCUCGUCGAACUCUACCGCAACAUUGGUAGAAUAUUAUACGGUUAUUUCCUACGAGCCCCCGGCGUCCGCGGAAAAGUUCAAAAGCAAGUGAGCGACGCGCUCGCCAAGACGGAGGCGAAACUGGUACCGACGAAUUUGACGAAAUAUCUCACCCUGCCCAAGGAGGGUCUGUCGGACGAUGACGUGAGGAAAGAGCUCGAGAUGCUGGCCAAUCUCGAUCAUACCAAGUGGGAGGAGGGUUAUGUCUCUGGCGCCGUGUACCAUGGAGAGCAGGACCUUAUUAAACUGCAGACGGAAGCGUUUGGUACCUUUACCGUCGCCAACCCGAUCCACCCCGAUGUGUUCCCUGGCGUGAGGAAGAUGGAGGCUGAAAUUGUCUCCAUGGUGCUUGCCCUCUUCAACGCCCCUCCCGACGCUGCGGGUACCACCACCGCCGGUGGCACUGAGAGCAUCCUAGUCUGCUGUCUCGCUGCUAGACAAAAGGCCUAUGCUGAGAGGGGCAUUACAGAACCUGAGAUGAUCAUUCCGGAAACUGCGCACGUCGCAUUCCGAAAGGCUGGCGAUUACUUCAAGAUCAAGGUCCACCGCGUACCUUGCCCAGCUCCGUCGUAUCAGGUCGACAUGAAGGCGGUUGCCCGCCUUGUCAACCCCAACACAAUCCUCCUUGUUGGCUCUGCCCCCAACUACCCCCAUGGCAUGAUUGACGACAUUGCGGCGCUCUCCAAGAUUGCGGUUAAGCGCAAGAUCUGGCUCCACGUCGACUGCUGCCUUGGUUCCUUUGUUAUCCCGUACCUCGAGAAGGCCGGUUUCGAAUCCCAGCCGUUUGACUUCCGCCUCAAGGGCGUGGCGAGCAUCAGCUGCGAUACGCACAAAUACGGAUUCGCGCCCAAGGGCAACUCGACGGCGUUGUAUCGGAGCGCGCAGCACCGCUCUUACCAGUACUACGUCUCACCAGACUGGCCAGGUGGUGUCUACGCUCUCAUCAGGAUGGGAGAUAACGGCUAUUUGGAUGCCUGUGGAAAGCUCGUCGGUACCGCCAAGAAGAUUGCUGACAAGAUCCGAGAGACGCCGUCGAAGAAUCUGAACAUUUACGACAUCUACGACGGCAUGACUACCAAGGGAUGGCAUCUCAACGCUCUUCAAGACCCACCUGCCAUCCACGUGGCAGUAACGGUGCCCAUCGUCAAGGUGUGGGAGACCCUGAUGGCGGAUCUCGAGUCUGUGAUUGAAGCUGAGAAGGAGAAGGAGAGGGCGCGGAUCGCCCAAGGCAAGGGUGCGUCCAAGCCUGUGGGCGAUUCUGCGGCCCUAUACGGUGUUGCCGGCUCGCUGCCAAACAAGGGCGUCGUCGUAGACUUGGCGGCCGGUUUCCUAGAUCUCCUGUACAAGACUUAA